GCUUCUGCUUUUGCAGCCAAGCAUCCCUGCUUCUGCUCCCUGCCUGCCCAUCCUUCUGGGCUUGCAGCCUGCCACUUGACUUUCCCCAGCCCUGCUGCCAGCUGAGAAAUCUCCCUGCAGCUGCCGAUUUCUGCCUAGGACCAUGUGUGUGGAUGCUGCUUGGGAGAAGCGAGCACUUGCUCCUGGCACUGAUCCCAGCUGAGUUUCUCCUGUUGAUUUUGGGACCACAGAUGCUGCUGUGAGGAGGUAUUUCCUGGCAUCCCUGCCUCCGCCACUGCCAGUCAACGACCAACCCAAAAGUAAGGCGGCCCUCAGGAUGGGCCACGCUGUGAGAAGCUGAUGCUAGCACGCGAGGUGUGAAGAGUUGGCCAGAAUGACCAACUCCUCCUCCACGUCCACGUCCUCCACUACCGGGGGAUCGCUGCUUCUGUUCUGCGAGGAAGAGGAGUCGUGGGCGGGCCGGCGCAUCCCCGUGUCCCUUCUGUACUCGGGCCUGGCCAUCGGGGGCACGCUGGCCAACGGCAUGGUCAUCUAUCUCGUGUCGUCCUUCCGAAAGCUGCAGACCACCAGCAACGCCUUCAUCGUGAACGGCUGCGCCGCCGACCUCAGCGUCUGCGCCCUCUGGAUGCCGCAGGAGGCGGUGCUCGGGCUCCUGCCCACCGGCUCGGCGGAGCCCCCCGCGGACUGGGACGGCGCCGGCGGCAGCUACCGCCUGCUGCGGGGCGGGCUGCUAGGCCUAGGGCUCACCGUGUCCCUCUUGUCCCACUGCCUGGUGGCCCUGAACCGCUACCUGCUCAUCACCCGGGCGCCUGCCACCUACCAGGCGCUGUACCAGCGGCGCCACACGGCGGGCAUGCUGGCGCUCUCCUGGGCGCUCGCCCUGGGCCUCGUGCUGCUGCUACCGCCCUGGGCGCCGCGGCCCGGCGCCGCGCCCCCGCGCGUCCACUACCCGGCGCUGCUGGCCGCCGCGGCGCUGCUGGCGCAGACGGCGCUGCUGCUGCACUGCUACCUGGGCAUCGUGCGCCGCGUGCGCGUCAGCGUCAAGCGGGUCAGCGUCCUCAACUUCCACCUGCUGCACCAGCUGCCCGGCUGCGCCGCCGCCGCCGCCGCCUUCCCGGGCGCCCAGCACGCGCCGGGCCCGGGGGGUGCGGCGCACCCGGCGCAGGCCCAGCCCCUGCCGCCCGCGCUGCAGCCGCGGCGGGCGCAGCGGCGUCUCAGCGGCCUGUCGGUGCUGCUGCUCUGCUGCGUCUUCCUGCUGGCCACGCAGCCGCUCGCGUGGGUGAGCCUGGCCAGCGGCUUCUCGCUGCCCGUGCCCUGGGGCGUGCAGGCGGCCAGCUGGCUCCUGUGCUGCGCCCUGUCCGCGCUCAACCCGCUGCUCUACACGUGGAGGAACGAGGAGUUCCGGCGCUCCGUGCGCUCCGUCCUGCCCGGCGUCGGCGACGCGGCGGCCGCCGCCGCUGCCGCCACGGCCGUGCCCGCGGUGUCCCAGGCGCAGCUGGGCACCCGCGCCGCCGGCCAGCACUGGUGA